AUGGCAGUCGACUCGAUCCCAGAUUUCCUUGCAGAGCAAAGAGAAAAAGCGCCAGAAGAUCUACAGCCCCUUAUUCUCGAUUUGGAGACAUUCUGGGAGCGCAAAUUGUGGCACCAGCUCACUGAUACGCUGGUUGAAUUCUUCAACAAGCCUGAGAGUGCAUCUCAGCGCCUUGCAUUCUAUAAGGUGUUCAUCCUGAAGUUCGCCGAUAAAAUCAACCAGCUCAAGCUGGUAGACCUCGCAUUGAAAGCAGCAACGCAGUGUAAGGAUGACCAAGAGCGUCUUUCGUUUUUCCUAUCUGUGGUGAAGAAAGUCGACAAUGAUACAUCCCAGGACGCUCUCGUAUUCGCUUCCGUUGCUGUGUCUCGCGUGAAGCUGAGCCUCAACAAGCUGGAUGAUGCACGACGAGACCUAGACGCAUCAGAGAAGAUACUCGACGGUUUCGAUUCGGUGGAGACAGUCGUCCACGCAGCAUUUUAUGAUGCCAACGCCAGCUAUUAUCAAAGGAAAAUGGAUUUUGCAAAUUACUAUAGGACUUCACUCCUCUACUUGGCGUGUAUCGAUUUGUCCUCGCUUUCGGAUGAAGAGCGCCACAGGCGAGCUUACUAUCUAAGUGUGGCGGCGUUAGUGUCAAGCAGCAUCUACAACUUUGGAGAGCUGCUGUUGCACCCGAUUCUCGAUUCCCUUGCCCAGAGUGAGGACGAUGCCUGGCUGCGCGAGCUGUUGUUCGCAUUUAACCGAGGAGAUCUUGUCGCGUUCGACGCUCUGUCCGACAACAUCGCAUCCAACAAGCUGCUUGACGAGCAUUCCACACACCUACGGCAGAAGAUUUAUCUCGCGGCUCUCACCGAAGCCGUCUUCCGGCGUCCUCCUCACGACCGCACAAUGACAUUCGCCACCAUUUCACAGGAGACAAACGUUCAGCAAAAGGAGAUUGAACAUCUAAUUAUGAAGGCUCUUAGUCUUGGUCUGCUUCGGGGGACAAUUGACCAAGUGGAUGAAAUUGCCCACAUUACGUGGGUACAACCCAAAGUCCUUGACAUGAAGCAAAUCGGCAACAUGCGUCAACGUCUCCUUGAUUGGGACUUCAACGUUAACCAGCUUGGUAAUUGGAUCGAGACUGCUGGAAAGGAUGUCUGGGCGGCAUAA